ACUAACGCUAAACGCUUCCGGUGUAUAGGGUCAUCGUGACCCGAUAUUUCUCUCAUGGCGAUGGAGUUAGUAGACAGUUUUCUGUAUGGACGUUAAUGAUGUUACCAAAUUAUUUGGACAUUUGAUAGCAUCACUUGUUUGAAACACCAGAGACCUGUACAAAGCAGCUUGGAUAUUAAACACUUAGACCUGAACAUGUCAAAUCCACCGCCGCUACCGGAGCAGACGAGUCCGGUCACACCGCAGGCGGCUGAGAAACCGCUGUUUGGGGACUGCUGGAGCUGUCGAGUGCUCUCGGGCGGUGGGCUGCUGGUUUCAGGGGGAUACGUGGGCAUGCACGCGCGGAGAGCCGUGCGUCUAGGCGGACCCGCGUCUAUGGGCACAGUGGUGCAGAUGAUGUUUGCUGCAGGUUUGGCUGCCUGGGGCAUGGUGGUGAUCUUUGAUCCAGUGGGGAAGAAGACAAGAAUAGCAUAGCUUUGCAUUUGGUCUUCCUGUGUUGACAUGGACUUUUAAAUGAAUCACCAAAGCAACACUGGCAGAGUUAUUCAAUUCAAAUAAUUAUGAGAAUGUAAUGACACACGAUUCAAUCAUAUUUCAUUAAAUGUUUUUAUUUGCAACUUA